CCCGAGCCAUCUGUAUUGUUCUGUAGCAUCAAUAUCAAGAUCAAGAUCACCAAGUCCACCAUUGUUAGUGUUAUGGUGGUCAGCUGAUCAGGCCUGACACGUAAUUCCUUCAGUAUUUCCCUUGUGUCAGAAUGUCCACGAUGGUCAACAAAUAUGAUGCACUCAAGAAUAAUGAGGAAUCUGGAGAAGAGGACAAUGGUGGCAGGGAUUUGAAGGAGAUGGAAAAGCCUUUGCCACCAGUGGAGGUGAAGCCUGGAGACCAUCGGCUACAGUUCACCUACAACAUUUGGUUCAGCCGAAGAGCACCAGGCAAGCAGGCAACCACGCAGAACUAUGAUCAGAACCUCAAAUUAAUUGGCAGAUUUGCCUCAGUGGAGCAGUUUUGGGCUUACUACAGUCGUCUGGUACGACCAGCAGACCUCAACUCUCACUCGGACAUACACAUCUUCAAGGAUGGCAUCAAGCCCAUGUGGGAGGAUGCGGCCAACAAAAAUGGAGGCAAGUGGAUAGUGCGGUUAAGGAAGGGCCUUGCCUCCCGGUGCUGGGAGAACAUGAUCCUGGCCAUGCUGGGGGAACAGUUCAUGGUUGGAGACGAGAUAUGUGGUGCAGUCAUUUCUGUACGCUUUCAGGAGGACAUCAUCUCAGUGUGGAACCGGACGGCACAGGACACGGCCACCACCACUCGUAUCCGAGACACACUCAAGCGUGUGCUCAACCUGCCGCCCAACACCGUCAUGGAAUACAAGACUCACAAUGACUCCCUCAAGCCUCUUGCACUGACCCUCGCUAGGCACACCCACCACUCCACCAGCAGCUUCCUCCGCAAACCUGGCCCCCUCCACUGAUGUCUCCAUCCCCACAACCUUCCCUAUUUGCCUGGAAGUGAGAAGGAGGAGGAGGAGGAAGGAAGGGAAGUCUGUUCGGGAAAGGAGGGGAGAGGCAGAUUAUACUGGAAUUCAGGCGAGGCACCGGCUAUUCCCUGUUUGGCUGUGUGAGUGAAGUGUUCUGAAUAACUAUGUUUGUAUGUCUCUAUUUAUAUCUUGUGUCUCAUGCUCAAAUAUCAACCUUCUUAAGGAACUCAUUGUACUGUGAGCAUGAUUUUUUUUGGUUGUACAGUACAAGUAUACUUAUUAGAGGCUGGUGGUGAGAGGAAAAGUGGCAGAAGUACUUUACUUCAUACACUGUCAUAACACACACACUAAAGAAGACAAAAAGCCAGUAUUUCAGGAAUAAAGUAUUUCUUCAUCCCAUAUUCCCUCUCACCUUCCACUCAAUGGUCUUACAUAUUUCUACACUACUACUGAUGGCUUGUCAUGAGGUGUGCCACACUCCACUCUUCUCCAUUGUGGCAGGUGGAAGUGUUAGUGGUGAUGGUAACAAUGAUUGAUGAAGAUGAUUAACUAAGAAAAAGUCCCUCGCAAAUGGAUUAUGUUCCUUGUAUUGUAUUGUAGGAAAAAAAAAAUCACUGAAUUAAUCAAUACUACUAUCAACACAGUCUCUUAGGUCAAUUGAAAUUUAUCUUAAGUUUUCAUAUGAACAGAUAUCCUUUACAAAAGGUAUCACAAGAAAUGGAGUGUCAGGACCAUGCUUACAAAGUCAUGAUCAAGACUGUCCAUGUGUGACCAUGUAUGUGUUAUGUUGAAUAGUGAUGAUCAAGAUAUAAAUAUCCAUUCAUAUGUUUACUAUGUGUGUGUGUGUGUGUGUGUGUGUGUGUGUAUUCUGCCAUAAACAACUGAACUGUCAAAGCACUGAAUCCCUAACUGGAUAAUAUGUGUCUGAUCUGAUUGGAGUUCAGUUUGGCUCAUGGUUUUCUUGGAGGUGUUUAUUGAAGGGCAUUGAGGAGAGCAGUUCCUGUCAAACAUUACAUGAGGAAUUAAGGAAAAGCUAAGAAUAGUAAAUAUCAUUCUUAUCAUCUGAUACUUAGUUUUUUCUAAACCUCAAAAAAAAUUCCCUCUCCUGAUAACAAAUGAGUUUAUCCUAGUUUUGUUACCUGGAUUCAUUUCUCAUGGGGAUGUGUGAUAGGAAUUAGUUUCUGAUGGUUUGAGACAACAUGGAUGCCUCUUAUUGUCCUCAGAAGAAUCUUUAUCCUUCUUGCCAUAUGUAGAAGGUCAAUUAUUUUAAUACUGUAUAUCCAAUUGGACUGAAUGAGAAGAAACUUUCUGACCAAUCAAUAUUACAUAACAGUACUUUAUGAGUUGGCUUAAGUUGACGAGUGCUUCAAGUAAAAUGUCACUACAAUGUUGAUACUGCCUUUCUUUUUUCACUGUGAAAACUGUUUGCUGUAGUGGAAUUUAUAAUAACAAGAAUCAGGAUGGUGUUGUUAGUUAGGUAUUGGCAGGUUUAGCAUAACAUAGAAGUUAGUGGGAAAACUGGCUACAAGAGAUAGUCUCUGGGGAUUGAAUCCCUGGUGCCAUUCUCAAGGACUGUUCUCUCAAGAACUGUUCUUCCACUAUCAACAUUAAAUAUCUUGACACUCA